GAGUGGUGAUAUCGGCAUCCUCCAAAUGGAUCCAGUCAAUGAUGACACUAAAAGAUUUGCUGGAGCAAAGGAGUGGAUCUUCAAGCUGACUGGCUUCUUUUGCAGCCUCCUAUAUGUGGGGUUUGGAAUAAUCCUUGCAAGCAGCAGGCACUGGCGCCUCUGGGAAUUCGAUGAUAAGGUUGUUCAGCUUGUGUAUAUCGGACUCUGGGAAGCUUAUUACCAUCAGGAGUUUAACAUCUCUGGUUCUGUGACCAGAGUUCUGGUGCACAUUCCUGUCAACUCUGACUGGACCAUUUCACCUGAAUUCCAAUGUGCACAGACUCUGAUAUUAUUGGCAAUACUGAUAAAAAUCUUUGUUGUGAUUUUUAGCUCAGCAACAAUUAGGGUUGGCAUUGUCAAAUUUCCAUUCCAUGAGAUUCAAUUACUGUGCUGCAAAUGCUCUGUCUUAAUUCUGAUUGCCAGCAGCCUAUGUAUCAUAACUGCUGUGACCUGGAACUAUGUAGUAGAGUUCUAUGGCAAAACCACCCUUGACUUUCCAUCCACCUUUCCAGUUAAGAAGGCAGACCUGAUAAACAAGCACAGCACUCAUGUGUUCCCAGUGGGUAUUCUGACAACCAUCCUGUCGCUUCUUGGUGCAAUUAUGUUUCUCUUUGAGGUCAAGACAUUGAAAGUACAGAGGAAUCUGUAUGGCCAGUAUGCUUUCAGACAGGCCGAUCAAAAGGUCUGAUAUGAGAGUGUUAGUGUUUACAAAAUGUGUCAGGAGACUCCAUGGCCAAAU